GGUGUUGGGUUGCGGCGGUGCCGCGGUCCGGCGCGCGGUGGAGGGCGCGGGCGGGCGCUCCCGGACGGCGCCCUCCAUGGAGGCUUUCCCCGGCGGCAAGCUGGAGCCGCACCGGCACCUCCCUCCUGUAGAGCGCCUGCCGGGCGCCCGCUACGGCGGCCGGAGCCACAGCGCCUGCGGAAACGUCUUCAACUCGUGGAACGAUUACCUGGGGCUGGCCACGCUCAUCACCAAGGCCGUGCGCCCCGGCAAGGGCUUCGGCGCCGAGCCGCCCGCCGUGGUGGUGGCGGCGGCCGAAGAAGAGGAAGAAGAAGAGGAGGAGGAGGAGGAAGAAGCGGCGGGGCCGUACUUCGAGGGCGCGCUGGACUUGCACGAGCUGGAGCUGUGCGGGCACCACCACCAUCACCACGGCGACGGGCUGCUGGAGGAGCGCUACGCCGACUUCAGCCCCUUCCCCGGGCGCGGCGGCCCCGCCGCGGUGCUGUUCGACUGCUCGGGGGAGCACGCGGGCCGGGACGGCUCGGCUCACGCGUGGGGCGCGGGCGUGGUGGUGGCGGCGGGUCGGCUGCCCUCGCACCCGCGUGCCGCGGGCCGCCUGCUGAAGCCUGAGCUGCAGGUGUGCGUCUUCUGCCGGAACAACAAGGAGGCGGUGGCUCUGUACACCACGCACAUCCUGAAGGGACCCGACGGCCGCGUGCUGUGCCCUGUGCUGCGCCGCUACACCUGUCCCCUGUGCGGCGCCAGCGGGGACAAUGCCCACACCAUCAAGUACUGCCCGCUGUCCAAAAUGCAGGCGGCCAAACAGCUCCGGCACGCCCGGACCGCGCUGGGCAAGAAAGCCCGCUAGGAGCGGGGCGCGGGGGGACUGGCGGGCGGCUUCGGAGCGGCCGGGACGCCCUGUACGUGUUUCUUGUAAGAAAUAUAUAUAUAUGUGGUUUUUAAGAAAAUGGGAUUCGCCGCGAGUCCCGACGGGGGCGGCGCUCGGGGCGGGCGGUGUCUCUCCCCGCUGCCCGCCCGGCCCGGGGGAAUGGCCUCCCGCUGCCCGGCGGGGACUGAAUGGCUCUGAGCCGCUCCCUCGUCCUUGGAACCGUUCGGGUUUCUCGGUCGGUGGUCGGCAGCCCCUCGGCUAAAUGGCUGCAUCCAGGGAGGGGGAGGAACGGGACGGUGCCGCCCGGCUCCCUGUGCGUAACGCGCGGCAUUGAGGCUGGGAGGUUGGAGCGUCGAAGGACUGGCGGGGGUUGCGCGGUGAGCCCUUCUGGUGGGGGCACAGAGCGGACCCUGGUGUGUUUGUGGACUUCUGAGGAGACCCAGAGCACGGUGCGAAACUGACGAAAGGAAGGUGAUGCGUUUGUAAGGCUGAAGAGUGUGGCUUUGUUUGGAUGCGGGGGGGAGAUCCACCCGUGUGGUUACCAAGUAGCUUUCACGUAUACCGAACACGGGACGCAGCUCCGGGAAGUGCUGAGAGCCGGCACGGGGCUGCGUCGAUCUCGAGAGGUGGGGAAUUUGUUUUUAUUGCAACUUGAGGCAGGAGAAGGAGCGGCAGCAGCAGAUCUGUGGGUCUCUUCGGAGCCCUUUGGUGCCAGGAGGGCAGUGCAGAAGGGUUCUGCUCUAGAUGGCUGUACCCAGAUUCACCUGAGGGUGAGAAAGUCACCGGGUCCUAAUGGGAAGGGAAACUGGGCAAGUGAGAAGUGACAGGUAUCAGAGUGAGUUCCUGCUGGGGAGCUACCCGGCAGGGUGGGAGAUUGAAGCAAGCAAGUGGGAUGGGCAGGAGAGCAGUCAGGAUGUGCAGGAUUGGGAACAGGGGUCACUAUUCAAAACUGCAGCUGAGAACAGGGUUGUGGAUGGAAGUGUUCUAUUCAGGCUUCAUCAGAUUGCUUUGACGAUGUUAUUAGGUCUAAUUAGCAAAUGUAAAUGGGCUUGCAUUAAGUAACAUCUUGCUGUGGCUACAGCUGGUUGUAUGGAGCUGCCUGUUGGUUGUGAUGAUACCAGCUGUGUGCUGUCCCUCCUUCCAUGAGGCUUGCCCUGCAGGUUCUCAGCUGGUAGGAUUUAGGUGUUGGAUUUUAUGAUGUCUGUCUGCACUGCAGAUUGGGAUUGAGCUCCAGUGUAAUGCUGUGGGGAAAAAAGUCUUUUUGUUAGCUUCUUGUGGGGAUGAUGAAAAUGAGUAGACGCGUUUCAAUUGAGGUGACUGUUCAUGGACACAAAAGCAAGAAGGAUGUAAGGAAAAGAUCACAGAUGCUUUCUGACGGGACAUUCCGAGAGGGCUGCCAUACAUCUGCCUCCCCUGGUUUGUUGCUUAAGCUACCCCAUAGCAACUGCCCCACUGCACCGCCUGGGAGCUUGUCAAGACAGCAGAACAUCUCCCUGCCUUGGAUGCCAGCCCUGUCCUUGUGCAGCAGCUGUCCCUGCCCUCCACCUGGGUGAGAAGAAAGCUGCUCUUGUGAUGGUGCCUCCUGCUGUGUGUGCUCAGAGUCCUGCUCUCCGUGUGUACCUGCACUGCGUGGCAUCAGACCUGGGAGCCGGGUCCCAGCAGGAUCCCUUCUCCUUCUCCCCAUCUCUCUCUCGAUCUUUCGAUGCUGACGGGGGAGCAGAAGCUGGAGGAGCAGCAGGGGCAGGAGCUGACCGCCGAACUGUUUCACGUUCUUCC